AUGUUCUACUCCGGGUCGUCAGUGGCGCCUGUUCUCCGAGCUCCGCUCUGUUCUCCGCGCGGCACAGCCACUCCGCCCGCCCCGCGGCCGCUGAUUGGCCGGGUCUGCACCGCGGGGCGCCCGCAGAAGGCUGCCAGAGCCCAGAGCAAGCGGGUCGGGCUGGGUGGGAGGUCUAGCAGGGAGCAGCUGUUGGAGCUGAGUGGACAUUCUGGAGCUCCCACGGUGCUGAGGAGCCAGCCCACUGAGAACAGCAUGUACCAGCCCCACGAGGCUCCGCCUCCAAGCCUGGAGACUCCAGCAGCAGCCAAGCAGAGAACCAGGGAGCUAAACAGCACCUGUGUCAGCCCAUUGGAUAUGGAGCGUUUCCUCCACUACUCCCUCAUCCCAUCAGUUUUCAUUAUUUUGGUCCUGUCCUUCCUCCAAAGACGAGAGCAUUGUAGAAAGAGAGAUGAUACUUCCUACCUCCUGGGGAACCACUUUAGCAUCAUCAUGCCGCUGGACUUCGUGGGCACAUUUAGUAACCGAUGGUCCUAUGGAAUUGCCUUUGGGGCCACAGCCAAUAAGAUCAUGUUCUUGUUCUCAGAAGGCUACCAGCCCCUACAGGUCCCGCAGUGGGCCCAAGCCCUUGUGCUUCUGAUUGGAGGCAUAGAAGUCGGCCUGUCCCAUUUCCCCUUCUUUGCCUGCCUUUCAUCGGAGUUCCGGCUGGUCAGCGCCAUCCUCGGCUUCAGCUACUCUCUCAUAUGGUUUUCUGUCACCAUACUUUAUAUCAUACAAUGUCCCCAUGGGCAGUAUGUGGGGAGGUACGAGAAUGUCGUGUUCUACUGGCCCUCACUGCUGUGCCUCGCCUUCCUGCUGGGACGCUUCAUGCACAUGUUCAUCAAGUCUGUGAGGGUCCACCUGGGCUGGGAGCUUCAGGCUGAAGAAAAGCCUUUCCUGGAAGCUCACCAGGCAGAGCACGUCAAACAGCUCCUGAGGAAGCCCCCUCUACAAGAGAAAGAAAAGUCUUGGUUUCAAACCAGGAUAUAUGAGUGGGACCCCCGCUUUCAGUUCCCCAGCAGAAUGAUCGGAACCACUGUGCUGGCUUUCAUUUGCCUAUACCUUUUCAUUGUCAUUGAGUUCUGCGUAUUUGUGUAUGUGAGAGAGGAGCUUGACACAUUUGAAGGCCAUCUGGAGACCUACAUCGGCUCCUUGAAUGACACUGAGAUGCUGACCUCAGUCAGUUGGCGCAUAAAAGAGCUGAUCAAUGUGACUAAAGGAGUUUGGGUGGUGACUACUGUGCCUGCCUCCCUCACGUGUGUGAACUAUCUGUUCCACAUUUUGGCCUGCUACAGAAAGCACAUAAAGAGGAUGUGGUCAGGAAAUAAAAAAUUUCUUCCCUCGAGGUUCCACAACCCUUCCUCUUCAGAGAGUGUGGUGGCCAUAGCAAGGUAUUCUGGGUGGCAAAUAGCCUACAUACUGUGGGGCUACCUCAUCAUCCACGUGAUGCAGAGUCUGUGCGGCAUGGUGAUCAUGUACAGCCUGGUACUGCCCAUCGUCCACAACCAAGGCCUGGCGAUGCUGCAAAGUCUGGGCAUUGGGAUCCUCACCAUAUCCAUCGUUGUGGGUAUCAUGAUCCUGCAAGUAUGGAUUGCUGCCAGCUUUUUCCUGCAGCCAAAAAUGGGCACAGCUGACAAACAAAAGCCCUUGGCUCUCAACAACAGGAAAGCAUUCCACAACUUCAACUACUUCCUGUUUUUCUACAACGUGCUGCUGGGCUUGGGUGUGUGCCUCUCCAGGCUGUUCAUCAGCUGCAUGCUGGGCACGUGGCUGAUUGCGCGCAUCGACAGAACCAUCAUGCAGAGCGGCUAUGAGACAGCAGACAUGGGGUAUAGAACAUGGAUUGGCAUGCUCUACGUGGACCAUUAUCACACCAACCCUGUGCUUGUCAGCUUUUGUCAUAUCCUGGUGACUGGCCACAGAGAAAGGAAGCUGAAGCAGGUUAUCAAAUACUGGUACCUAAACCAAACAGCAGGUCCCCGUGUCUCAGCUCGGUCGCGGACGAGGUGGCUCCUGCUGCAAACUCUGAUCAACAACCCCAGUCUCAUCACACUCAGAAAACCAAAGAAGCCCAACUCUGGGGAGCUCACCCAGAUUCUGCAGACAUGCUUAGAGAGCUGA